AUGUCUCAUCCGGUAAUCACACUUCUUCACAACCCUAAAUAUUCUCUCCUGUUCGCUGUUACUUUCUAUUUUGUCCUUGUGUUCAUACCCCUCCACUUCACUCCAUCCGUGCGGCCCCUCUCACCUUCAAUCGAAGUGAAAGCAUUGAAAACAUUCAAUACAGAUGUCACUGAAGACAAGAGAAAUGAGGUGGAGGAGAGAGUAAUUAUAUCCGUUGAGCUUGAGAUUGAUGCGAGUCCACUGUUUACUAUGUUUACAAGAGCCGUGUGGGUUGGCCUUCUGGCCGAGUACAAGUCACAUGAUAAGAAUAUGCACCAAGUCAUGUUGUGGUCAACGACAAUGGAAUCACGACAUGAUGCCUACGUCAGAAAAUCAAUAAAGAGAUCGGGAUUCAAUCAUAUUUGGCCUAGUUUUAGAGGGAUGAAUAUGUCAGUCGCAUUGACAUAUUCCGUGGCAUCGUACUUUGGAAUGUAUGCUCGCGGGAGAGUUGAUCCAGAGGUGAAGAGAGAGUAUCCAUUCCCAGAUCCAUAUGGGUAG